AUGGACUUCGCCAAUUCUCCGCUUACCAAGGUCGUUGCAUAUUGUCACAUGGCAAAACUAGCUGCGUCCUACUAUGGAGGUCUGGCGCAUACGGAGACCACUCUGUUGUCCCUUGAAGCCGGCCCUGCAGCUCUAUGGUAUUUCAAGAAUCACAGCAGCUUGCCUUCGACAUGCACCCAGAGUUGUUCCAGUCCAGCAGCUACUGCUGCCGAGAAUGACAAGUCCAUUGUAAUCAACAAAUGGCACAAUGGCGCACAUAACCUGAAGGUUGCCAAGGAAAACCAAGAGGCCAAGGCCUGCGCCCAGGCCAAGGCAUCUGAUAACUCUAUCUCCUCCGGUGAUAAAGCCAACGAGAGCGAUGAGGAUCCAUGGCUCUUCCGAGGCAACCCAGAGAAGCAGAAGCAGAAGCAGAAGCAGACUAAAUUGUCUGACCCAGGAUCAGACUUUGAGGAUUCGAUCAUGUUUCAGCCUUCAGCGACCAACGUCAGCGGCGACUGGACUGCGUUUAGGUUCGGGGAGGACGAAGAAGUCGAUGAGGGUGACAAGAGGGCGACGAUAACAGCACCAACGAGGAAGAUGUCUCCAACUCUCCCAGCCUCUUGUUUUCUCUCGGAGGCAUCACAGUCCCUGCCACUCCUUUUACAGAAUACGCUGGACCUUGCUGCUCCUUCAACACUCGUAGUCUGGGAGCAACCUAUGAUUGCUCUUCGCAAGUCUGGGGGCCUGAUUGGCCUUGAUUUAUAUAUAAAAGUGACGUUUUUAGGGCUGUGCGAUGCCAUUACGGAUGCAAAGACUCUAUCUAUUGGGUUCGACGCUCGCAACUCGACUCGCAGCAAGAAACGCAUACGUGGGCAUAGCCAACCAUGGCUAGGAUCGCCCCUAUGGCCAACUUGA